UCUCAUUGGUCAGCUUCUAUUCGGUGUUUAUUUCCGGAAGUAAGUUGUCAGUGUCAGACUUUCCAUCAGGAGUAGCACAUCUCAAGCCAACAGCGCCGCCACAGCAGCCUCUUAAGGUGUGUCCUCACACACACAGGAUGGCACAUUGGUUUCACAGAAAUCCACUGAAGGCAACAGCACCUGUGUCUUUUAAUUUCUAUGGAGUGGCAGGGAGCCCUUCUGCCAAUAAGAUAUGCAAUGACCUGCGGACAACCAGGGCGAGGCUGCUGGAAAUGUUCACUGAUGUCACCUGCAACCCUGAGAUCAUGAAAAAUGCCACAGAUGCGUACUUCUCCCUCCUACAAGGCUUUAUCUCAUCCUUGGAUGGAACUACACAGGAGAACAAGAUGAGGUUCAUCCAGAACUUCAAGUGGACUGACACCUUACAAGGAAACACACCAAGUGCCCAGCAAGAUGCAGUCUUUGAACUGGUCUCCAUGGCCUUCAAUGUAGCCGUCUGGUACACCAAGUUUGCCUCGAGACUAGCGGGGAAAGAAAACAUAUCAGAGACUGAAGCGAAAGAUGUUCACCGGAGCCUGAAGGUUGCUGCUGGAAUAUUCAAAAAUCUGAAGGAGAUCCACAUCCCUCGUCUCAUCACCCCAGCUGAGAAAGGCCGAGACCUGGAGCCCAGAGUGAUUGAUGCGUACAUCAUCCAGUGCCAAGCAGAAGCGCAGGAAGUGACAAUUGCCAGAGCGAUUGAACUGAAACACAACGCCACGAUCGUCGCAGCGUUGUCAUUCGAGACGGCAAACUUCUAUCAGAAAGCAGACCACACGCUGAACACCUUGGAGCCAGAGUGCAGCAGCAAGUGGAGGAAGUAUUUCCAGCUGAAGCAGCACUUCUACAUGGCUUAUGCGUACUGCUAUCAUGGACAGACGCUGCUGGCGAGUGACAAGUGCGGUGAGGCUAUAAGAUCUCUCCAGGAAGCAGAGAAGUGUUACUCGCGUGCAGAGGCGCUGUGUAAAGAGUAUCGUCAGACCAAAGGCCCGGGCACCACAGCCAAACCAUCGGAGCAGCUGUUCUUCCUCAAACUGGGCGGCCUCAUUAAAAACACACUGGAGAAGUGCCAGAGAGAGAAUGGCUUCAUAUACUUCCACAAGGUCCCGGCUGAGGCGCCCCAGCUGGAGUUGAAGGCGAGCUACGGCCUGGCUGAGCCAAUCUCCUUCGAGCUGCCGCCUCUCAGCGAGCAAUGCACCGCUGAGGUUUACGCCACCUUCGACCUGACCAAGGGAGCCAAAAACGACAAGGCCAAACCCAAGGAGGAGGAAGUGAAACCAGUGAAGGAGCCAGAUUUGAAGCCUCAGAAGGACACAGGCUGUUCCAUCUCCUAAAACACCACAUUGAUUCUUGUUUUCAGUCUCAUGCUUCACUACCAUCGGUUAUAAUGAUGGAUUCCAUUUUUCUUUCUAUGUAAACCUCCAUAGGGAAAAUGUAUUUUUUUUUUUUGUAAUAUUAAUCCAUGGCGUUUUACAUUUAUGCUGAACAUGUGUAGUGUAUUUCAUUAUGACAGCCAUCAUUUUUGCAUCUACGCCAGAGCCAGUUAAAACAUCUCGCAUCCUCUCACCAUCUCACGUUUAUGACAUUCGAUGAAAAACAGCUCGUCAUAAAGAAAACCUAAAACGAGAUGGACAGUCCCUUUUUUUUUUUGAGAGGAUUACUUCAAAUUAGCUCUUCACGUGAGGCAGUUUCAAGUUGAAUGAUGAUAAAUGAGCCUUAGGGGUGAAGUAGUUCUAUUAAUGGUGCCUUUGGCUGCAAUGUAAACUGUUCACUGUGGCCCUUUGACAGACGAUGGGUGUGGAGCUCUGGCCUGGAAACCAUCAUAUUACACCAGAUAUGGAUCUAAACAAAAGAUGCAGCAGCAUUCAAAAUGUAAAAAAAAAAAAAAGACAAAUAUGAUACAACCACCCGAAUGAGUAGAUGUAGAAAAUUACAACAAUCAACCUGUAUACUGACUAUUAAAGUACUUUUAUAAGCAUUUGAAUGCUUUUCAAGCUGAGAUUUGUUCAGGACCGCCUCAUUAAAGACACUUCUUCUGACGAUCAACACAAUAGAAAUGUAAAAAUCCACAGUGAGCAGACAAAAAUGAACGAGAGACCGCGUGUGUUUCACUGCUGGUGCGUUUUGGGUUUGUUUUCUAGCUGUAGCAGUUUACAAUCAAUAUCUUAUUUAGAUCACAUGAUGUAUCUACUGUAGUUCUUUUUGUACAUGACAUGACGUAGCUGUUUUCUACUUUUACUAUUCAUUUAAGGAAAAAACUUUCUUACCGGAGAAGGCCGAAUCAUUCUUAGUAGUUCUUUAUUUAUUUCUGUUGUGUAAUAUUUUAAUUGAACAACAUUUAAGACACUUGUAUAAUUAUAUAUGAUUCAAAUCAUAUGUUCUUGGUGAUGAUGAUUUUCAAUUUUAUGUUGCAGUGGAUACAUCAGAUUAGCCACAAUGCUUGUAAACUUCUUAGUUGCUGAGAGAGUGCUGUAUGCUGACACAAUGUAUGUAUGUACUGUACUUGUAUUGAGUGUUAUCCCCUUCCUUAAAGGCGUACUGUAGAUUGGGACAUGUGCAUUAACAUACCAGGAAUGGGAGAAAGUAUUGAAUCUUCAUGUUUGAAAUAAUUGUACGUGCUGCCGAAGAGCCGCUCACAUUACCCGAACUCUCCCAGUUGCAAAUAAAAUCCUAUCAAGUCGAAACUGAACCAUCAAUCGCUAGAAACUUGUAUAAACUAAUCUACCGCUCACACGUGCUCAUUUAUGUCCGUACAUACAUAUACAGUAUAUUUGCUUUAGCUGAGGUAGACUCACAGUAGUAAAAAAAAAAAAAAAAGUUCUCACAAUUUUCUUUUUAGCCCAUUGUAACACACUUAGUGUAACGGUUGUUCACUAUAUUUGGAACAGCGGAUUUAACAUUUGCAGAAAGCAGACCUAUGCCAGUUCUUUGUUCUUUGCAAGGCCUCUGUUUAUCAAUAGGGCGGGUCGGAUUGUCGUCACAGUGUACGCUCAUUGUAAUGACUACAAUCCUGUUGCUCGUUAUUCUUUCUCUUAAUGGUGUCCUUCAUGUAAAAUGUAUCUCAAACGGAUUAAAUCAUCCAUAAAACUCA